CUCCGUAUUAAUGAGAUGAGCCAAGGAAAAGCCAUUGGUUCCGUAUCGCCUUUCCUUUCCUCAGGCACUUGGGGGAGGAGGUGUUUGCAUUUCUCCGCAGGACCAGCUCGCUUUGCAGAGCAUUGUCUGGGUAUGGGAAUCACACACACACAGAAAUACAGGGGCGAGCACACCACAGCCUUGACUCGCAGGCAGAGCAUCUGAUCCAGCCUGAACACGCUUCUCCUCCCCCACCCCAUCCCCCACUUCCCGAGCACGAAUAAUCCCCCCUGAAAAAAAAAAAAAAAAAAAAAGCAUAAAAAAAAAGCAGGGGAAAAAAAAAAGAAAAAAAAGUUUGUAAAUCUCCUGCCUCCCUUCUUGGUUUUUUUGGGGGUUGGUUUUGCUUUUUUAUUUAUUUAUUUAGCGAUGGCAAAUUCCUUCACGGCCAGGACCUGGCCCAUCCCCUGAGCAAAGGCAGCCUGGACAUGACCGGCAGGCGAGGGAGGAGGAAUUUGGAUUCCCUUCGGAGGCGCCGACCCCUCCUCCGCCCGGUACGAGCGAGGCGGGGGGGAACCCGGCUCCGGCCGCUCACUUCCACCGCGGGCAGCCGGAGCUGGACAGGUUCUGCCGGGGAACCGGUCAGCGUCCCCCCCGCUGCUGGCUCCGACCCCACCGGCACCCGCCCCGCCCCGGCACGCCGGGGAUGCAGCAUCUCCAGCACCGGGACGGAUCCCUGCUGCAAUGAGAUCUGAUCCUUGAUGUGAAGACCUUAACCAAAAGAUCUGCAGAGAGCGUGUGCUUCAGACCUAAUAAUAGUGUUAACAAACAAAACUUGACCAAGUUCGAAAUUAAGAGGAAAAGAUGGCCAUCAAUUGGAAGAUCUGCUUCUUCGCUCUCAUAUUGCUUCCGAUGGUUACAGCAACCCAUUCCAACUGCAUCAUUAAAAAAGAGCAAGAGACUUGUCUGGAGAAGAUACGGAGGGCAGCUGCCCUGAACCCUUUCAAUGACUCUUCUCCAGGUUGCCCAGGAAUGUGGGACAAUAUUACAUGCUGGAAACCUGCAAGUGUGGGUGAAAUUGUCUUUGUCAAGUGUCCUGCACUGUUCAGAUUUAUCAUCUCUGAAGACGGUUGGGAAGUAGAUAACUUGGGGCAAACCUACGCAGGUGAUUAUGACCUGCUGGAAAGCACGGCCCAGUCUCCCCUAGGGGACAUCAGCAGAAAUUGCACUGAAGAUGGCUGGUCUGACCCUUUUCCUCAUUAUUAUGAUGCCUGCGGCUUUGAUGAAAAUGAAACAGAGUCUGAUAACCAGGAUUACUACUAUCUAUCUGUGAAGGCUCUGUACACGGUGGGAUACAGCACUUCUCUUGUUUCCCUGACCACCGCCAUGGUUAUCCUGUGUCGUUUCAGGAAGCUUCACUGCACCCGAAAUUUUAUCCACAUGAAUCUCUUUGUUUCAUUCAUCCUACGUGCAAUAUCUGUAUUCAUUAAAGAUGGCGUUCUUUAUGCUGAACAGGAUGGCAACCACUGUUUUAUCUCAACGGUGGAAUGCAAAGCAGUGAUGGUGUUCUUUCACUACUGUGUCAUGUCCAACUACUUCUGGCUUUUCAUUGAGGGAUUGUACCUUUUCACUUUAUUGGUAGAAACUUUUUUCCCAGAGAGGAGAUACUUCUACUGGUAUACUAUUAUUGGCUGGGGUACCCCAACAAUUUGUGUCACUGUCUGGGCAGUGCUGAGACUUCACUUUGAUGAUACUGGCUGCUGGGACAUGAAUGACAACACUGCCUUGUGGUGGGUGAUCAAGGGUCCUGUGGUUGGAUCAAUCAUGAUAAACUUUGUGCUUUUUAUUGGCAUAAUUGUGAUACUUGUGCAGAAACUCCAGUCACCUGAUAUCGGGGGCAAUGAAUCCAGCAUUUACUUCACCCUCCCUCUUCCUCCCAGAUGCAGCUGCAGUCCAUGCACAGGACACAUGCGCAGCUGCGUUCAGAAAUGCUACUGUAAGCCUAAGAGGGCUAACCAGCACUCUUGCAAGAUGUCAGAACUAUCAACCAUUACCCUGAGACUGGCUCGCUCUACACUACUGCUUAUCCCCUUGUUUGGAAUUCACUACACGGUGUUUGCUUUUUCUCCUGAAAAUGUCAGUAAGCGGGAGAGACUAGUGUUUGAAUUGGGACUGGGAUCUUUCCAGGGUUUUGUUGUUGCUGUUCUCUAUUGUUUCUUGAAUGGGGAGUUUCUCCCUAAAGGUGCAAUCAGAAAUAAAGAGAAAAUGGAGGAGCUGGAAAGUCAACCGGUAUUUUGCUGUGGAUUUCAAACAUCGUCAUCCUUCUCUAGCGAGCAGCGGAGUGAACGGGGGGACACAACUCUCCAUUCUGAGCAAGAGCAGCUCUCAGAUUCGGAUGUCCAGCAUAAAUGCGGAGAACCUAGCGACAUGAGCAGCUAAGGAAAACAAAUUAAUCAACAUGCAAGCCAAAAACCAUCCCUUUAAAAAGAAAAAAAAAAUAAA